UUUAUUUUGGUGUGGUAACGUGACGUCAUAAGCCUGCUCCUGCUCUUGUUGUGUUUCGACUGAAGAAAGUGCAAGUCAAUGGUGGCCCAAAGCAGCCUGCCUGGUUACAAACUUUCUCCAAAAUUUGCAAAAAAUCCUUUGCGUUCAGCAGUACAAAGAUAUUUAUACCAGUUUGGAAAAACCUGAGGAAAAACUCCUGGUGAAGCGACUGAGAUCCUCAUGACACACUAUUAUCAACAUGGCGUUCAUUAAAGUGGAGAGUGAAGACAUGAAGAUUGAAGAAACAUUCACCGUCACACAUGAAGACUUUAGGAUUGAAGGAACAUUCAGCCUGAAACAGGAAGACACUGAGGAAGAAACAGAGGCCUCACUGAGCCAUUCGAUUUCAUCAAAAAUAUCUUAAUUUGUGUUAUGAAGAAGAUUGAAGGUCUUACAUGUGUAGAACGACAUGAGGUUUGUUCUGGUGUGUGGCGUAAGAAUUGCCUCAAGCAAGCGUCACCUGAGGAUAAACCUGAUUUCAGCUCGGAAGCUGAUAAUGAAUCAGAUGAGGACAUGCAUGAAGAUAAGGAUAAUGUACUAGACAGUGACUCUGAAUCAGAUUUGGAUACAAGUUCUGUGGUUGGCUCUAGUCUGUCCCAGGGUCCAACAAAAACAAAAACCACAGGUGAAACGACAGAUGAAACAACAGAUGAAGUAACAGAAGACAAAGCAGGUGUUAAAGGGAUAAACUACUGUUACGUUUGUCAAAAACCUCAGUCUAAAAUUGCCAGACAUCUGGAGACACACAAGACAGAAGCAGAAGUGAUGGAGGCUCUCAGUUAUCCAAAACGUUCAGAAAAAAGAAGACUUCUACUGGAGAAGUUACGAAAUCGUGGUAACUUUCAGCACAAUUUAGGCGUUCUCAAAAAUGGAACAGGGCGAAUCAAACUAAAAAGAACCUCUAAUUUUUAUGCUCUUGCCCAGCACUGAUGGGUUUGAACACAACCAUCCGCACCAGACCCUGUGAGCUUACUGACGUUAA